AUGGACAACCAAUUCUCGUCAUUCUACAAGAGUUCGGCCAGCAAUCUACACAUCUCAUGGCUCGUUCUUCCAUCAUUGCUUGUCGUCUAUGUCCUCGCCAACAUAGUUUACAGACUGUAUUUCCACCCCCUGGCACGCUUCCCCGGUCCCAAACUCGCCGCCAUAACGCAUCUGUAUGAGUUCUAUUUCAAUAUCAUUCAAGAUGGAAUGUUCAUUUGGGAAAUUGAGCGCAUGCAUGAAGUAUACGGCCCAAUCGUCAGAAUUACGCCGUACGAACUGCACGUCAAGGACCCUCAAUUCUACGACGACAUAUAUGCUGCCUCGACACGGAAGACAGAGAAAUAUUUGAAUUUUGUAUCGCACUUCGGCACUCCAUUGAGCAUGAUCACAACGAUUGGCCACGACCAUCACCGCAUCAGACGAGCGCCGUUGAAUAGUUUCUUCUCCAAAAGGUCCGUGGUACGCCUCGAACCAGUGAUACAAGAGAACAUCGACAAGCUUUGCAAGCGCUUCGACGACGACUGUGCUGCUCAAAACGUGGUCCGACUAGAUGUAGCGUUCAUCGCUUUAACGACCGAUAUAAUCACGCGUUACUCGUACGGGAAAAGUUAUAACUACCUUAAUGAGCCGGACUAUAAACUUGAAUGGAAAGACGCAGUACUUGAAGCUUCAGCGAAUGGAGCUGCAAUGCGCCAUUUCCCCUUCAUGCUAGCUCUGUCGAAGAAUAUGCCUCGGUCGUUAUUGAGAAAGCUGAACUCUCGCAUUGCUAUAUUGCUGGAAAUUCAGGAUAUGGUCAGGAGUCAGUCGUUGGAGUCGUUGAACAAUUCUAAUAAGGGUACCAACACGGGGGAAAAUGGCCAGAAAAAGUCCAUUUUUGACGCACUUAAUGACCCGGAAUUGCUUGCACCCGAGGAGCGUACAAUCGAUAGACUACAAGACGAGGGACAAAUUCUAUUAGGCGCCGGCAGCGAGACGACUGCAAAAUCAUUGACAGUUAUUGCACUGCAUCUGUUACGAGAUCCGAGCGUCCUUGAAAGGUUGAGAGGCGAGUUGAAAACCGUCAUGCCAACAACAACGAGUACAGCCUCGUGGACAGAAUUAGAGAAGUUGCCCUUUCUCACAGCCGUAAUCAAAGAAGGCCUCCGCCUUAGUUACGGUGUUACUACUCGUCUUCCACGUGUCUCUCCUACGGAAGCCUUGCAAUAUAAAGAUUGGAUUAUCCCGCCUGGGACCCCCGUCAGCGAGUCAUCAUACUUUGUGCACAUGGACCCUUCGAUCUUCCCAUCUCCAGAAUCGUUCGACCCAUCUCGCUGGCUCAUCGCGGCAGCAAAUGCAUAUGCCGAACUCUACCUCACAGUAGCACAUAUUUUCAGAAGAUACGACUUCCAUUUAUAUGAUACGAACGUUGAUGACGUAAAGUUGGUAAGGGAUCGCUUUUUUGGAGCGCCAAAGGAUGGGUCGAAGGGUGUGAGAGUUUAUGUUGAGGGAUUGGUUAAAGAGUGA